CACAACUGUUGCACGGAGUUGCCCUGUUUACACUCAGUGCAGUCUACCGUCUAGUGUCAGUUGGAGACAGUAUUUUGGGCGCCGUGCCAUUUUAUCAGUGGUUCUAUCUCCGGUUCGGACGUAUACCUCCCAUACACGAUGAGAUUCGAAAUAACAGUUCCUUUCCUGUUGCUCGUUUUCUCACUUGCCCAGGCAAAAAGCGGGUCAAGUCUGGUGUUUUCGGACCCUUGCAAGGAAAAACGGACUUGUCCAAAGAAUGAAGUUUUCAUCUGCUGUGGACCGUGCAACGAACCGACCUGUUCCAAACCAAAGCAGCAGAACAGUUGUCCCGAUCUGUGUGUCGCUGGAUGCUUCUGCAAACCGGAUUACAUACGGCGUGUGAUUGGGGGCCCGUGCGUGUUGGCGAAUAGUUGCCCCAAGCCAAGGAAAAGUACGAAGAAACCUUGAAAAAAGCGCAGUGGAGAGAAGCAAUUUUAAUUGCUUAUAUUUAUUAUCAAAAAAUGAAGUGAAUAACAAUAAAUCAAGAAUUUAGGAAAAUCCAAGCUAUGUCAAUGA